CUAUUUAAAGUCGCGACAUCGCGGGCGGCGGCUCAGUGGAAGAAGAAGGCGGCGGAGGAGGGUGGGAGUGAUUUUUUUUUUUUUUUUUUCUCCUUUUCCCCCCUCCCUCCCUUCCCCUCCACGCGAGUUUUCAGCCAUGAACCCCAACUGUGCGCGCUGCGGGAAGAUCGUGUACCCCACGGAGAAGGUGAACUGCCUGGAUAAGUUCUGGCACAAAUCCUGCUUCCACUGCGAGACCUGCAAGAUGACCCUGAACAUGAAGAACUACAAGGGCUACGAGAAGAAACCGUACUGCAACGCACACUACCCGAAGCAAUCCUUCACCAUGGUGGCAGACACGCCCGAGAACCUGCGCCUAAAGCAGCAGAGCGAGCUCCAGAGCCAGAUCCGCUACAAGGAGGAGUUUGAGAAGAACAAGGGGAAAGGCUUCAGCGUGGUGGCCGACACCCCGGAGCUGCAGAGGAUCAGGAAGACUCAGGACCAGAUCAGCAACAUCAAGUACCACGAGGAGUUCGAGCGGAGCCGGAUGGGCCCCAGCCCCGGCGAGGGCUCGGAGCCCGAGCGCCGCAAUUCCCAGGAGAGCGGCGGCUACCGGAGAGCAGAGCAGCCCCAGCAGCAGCACCACGGCCAGCCCGGAGCCACAGUUUACCAGCAGCAGCAGCCGCCUCCAUCCCAGUCCUACGGCUACAAGGAGCCGGCGGCUCCGGCCUCGUCCCAGCGCAGCGCCCCGGCCGGAGGGGGGAAGCGUUUCCGUGCCGUCUAUGACUACAACGCGGCGGACGAGGACGAGGUGUCCUUCCAGGACGGGGACACCAUCAUCAACGUGCAGCAGAUCGAUGACGGCUGGAUGUACGGCACGGUGGAGCGCACGGGGGACACGGGCAUGCUCCCGGCCAACUACGUGGAGGCCAUCUGAGCCCGGGGACACGGCCCCGCCCGUGUCCCCUCCCCGUGUGUGCGUCUCUUGUCCCCUCCCCGCCCGCUCCGCCCUCGGAGCCGUGUCCCCGUGUCCCCUCUGGGUCCAGCUUCUCUCGCCAGUUCUGCUCCGUGGUGGCCCCGAGGGGGCUGCGGGGCUGUGCGGGGUGGGGAUCAAAGCCCCAGGGCGUUCCUGCCCCUGUCCCCUCUGUCCCCCCUGUCCCUCCCGGCCAGGGAAAGCUCCGCAGCCACCGGGAUCCCAGGAAAGGGGGGGAGAGGCCACAUCAGGACCAAAUUCCCGCUGUGGGGUAGGAGAGGCGAGGGGGGCUCACCCGAGGGUGCCCACCCCGAGGGUGCCCGGGGCUCGGGGUGGGCUGGCAGGGCUGGCAGCUCCCCCUGCUCGGCUCAUCCCGCGGCUGCUCCCGGCGCUGCUUCCCGCCCACCCUCGCUCCCUUCAGUGCUCAGAGCAGGAAAGCUUCGGUUCAAACCCCCAGCAAAACCUCUCUGCUCGGCGUUCCGAGCUCUCGAGGAGCUCUGGCUGCUCCUGCCUCGGGCUGGGAUGUCCCGAGCCCUGCAGAGCAGCCGUGGGGCUUUUCCUGGGGGCGGCUGCUCUGGCUGGAGGGCUGGGCUGGGAUGAGCCCCCCCAGCCUGGGAUGAGCCCCCCAGCCUGGGAUGAGCCCCCCAGAGCUCCAGCUCGCUCUGGGCUGGGGUCUGGGGGUCCUCUGGGGGAGCUUUUCCCCCCACCCAGAAUGUUCCUGUUUUUCUCCUGCUGCUGCUGAGUGCUGCCACCCCUCUGGGCCCGCCCGGGGUGAUUGUCCCCUAGGUGCUGUGGCACCCCGAGCCACCCCGCACCUCAUUCCCAGCGCUGGUGGCAGCUUUUUGGGACCACUUUGGGAUCACGUCAUGGACCAAAACCGAGCACGUCCCUGCCCCCUUCUCCUCCGCGCUCCGGAGGCCUCGGGGCGGGAUCGGGACAAACUGGAACCGAGCAGGGAGUGAGGAGCAGGGACCCGGGGACAGCAGCGGUGUCCCCCUGCCAGGACCCGGGGACAGCAGCGGUGUCCCCCUGCCAGGACCCGGGCACCGCGGGGGUGUCCCCCUGCCAGGACCCGGGGACAGCAGCGGUGUCCCCCUGCCAGGACCCGGGCACCGCGGCGGUGUCCCCCUGCCAGGACCCGGGCACCGCGGGGGUGUUCCCCUGCCAGGACCCGGGCACCGCGGCGGUGUCCCCCUGCCAGGACCCGGGGACAGCAGCAGUGUCCCCCUGCCAGGACCCGGGGACAGCAGCGGUGUCCCCGCGCUGGCUGCGCUGUGGGGCCGGGAGGCUCCCAGGGGGAAGCGCCGCCUUUGCUGUUCCCGCAGGAAAAUCGGGAAUAAGGGACCAAAGCGGCCGAGUGAGACAUUCCUUGCUCCUGCCGGGGACAAACCCUUGGGGACACCUCCCUUCCUCGGGGGCUGGGACUGGGGACAGCGGGGCCGGGGGCGGAGACCCGCCGGGAAAAGGGAAUUCCGGCUGCGGUGGGAUGGGGACAGGGAUUCGGGGUGACACCGGGGCAGGAGCAGCCAGGAUGGGCUGCCCGGGGUGGGAAUCCCGGCUGGUGCUAAAACAGGGAGCACAAGGGCAGGGGGAGCCUCCUCGCCCUGCUAAAUCCUCUUCUUAAUCACGUUCUUGUCUGGGAAUGGGGGGAGCAUCAAUGUGAAUAAAUCCUUUUCUAAUGGACCAAAUAACACAGGAAAUUCCCUUUUGGGAUACAGACCUUUUUUUAAUCCUCCCCCGGAACCGUUGUCCCUAAAUUCUCCCCUCCCGUGCCCCUUUCACCCCCACCAUGGGAAACAAACCUCUUACUGCUUGAUUUCUGCCUUUUCUCUCAACUUUAUGCACUUUUUUGCCUUUUUUUUUUCAUAGCUGAAAAGCACCUGAACCUGUAUUUAAAAUAAAUGAAUAAAUAAAAGAGUUUAAAAGAAAAAAAAUUACAAGGAGGAAGAACAAUUAAAAAGCUGAAUAAUUGCUUCUCAUCACGUGUAAAAUAGACCUCGUCCAUCCCAGCUUCCCUGGUUGUGUCUCAGUGCUGAGCUUAGAACGUGUUUUCCUUGGGAUCCGUCGCUCUUUUGGGGUUUUGUCCUUGUGUCCUCCUGCCUGGGUUGAGCACCCACCAGUAAAAAAAAAAAAAAAAAUUAAAAAGUUAUUUGGCCUUUUUAUCCAAAAAAAAAAAAAAAGAGAAAACCCACGGAAUGGAACAACCCGACCAAUUCUCUUGGAUUGAAAAUAAAAGUUUAAUUUUUA